GUUACACGCGUAUAAUAGUGCUGAAAAUUUUAUAACCUUUCUGAAUAGUUACAAACGAAUCUAUUAUGGCUCAAAAUAGAGUCAACGAAAUGGCUUCCAAACUUGGGAGGGGAGGACCUCCUGGGCUUGCUAAUGGACUUAGAGCUGCGGCCAUUAUCAGUGCAACGGCAUAUGGUCUCUCCCAAGCAGUCUACAAUGUCGACGGAGGCCACAGAGCCAUUAUAUUCAACAGAAUAGGAGGUGUGCAACCCCAAAUUUUGACUGAAGGUAUGCAUUUCCGCCUCCCAUGGUUCCAGUACCCCAUUAUUUACGACAUCCGGUCGCGACCUCAUAAGAUUUCCUCCCCAACCGGCUCGAAAGAUUUGCAAAUGGUCAAUAUUUCACUAAGAGUCCUCUCAAGACCGGACGCCGAGAGUUUACCAACAAUGUACAGGACAUUAGGUAAAGAUUACGAUGACAAAGUUCUUCCGUCCAUAUGCCAUGAAGUGCUCAAGUCAGUUGUUGCAAAGUUCAAUGCUUCUCAACUCAUCACUCAACGGCAACAGGUGUCACUUCUUAUAAGAAGAGAACUUGCAGCUAGAGCGGCUGAUUUCCAUAUAAUUUUAGACGACGUAUCGCUCACUGACAUGAGUUUUGGUAGAGAAUAUUCAGCGGCUGUAGAAGCGAAGCAAAUAGCACAACAAGCUGCUCAAAGGGCUUCAUUUGUCGUCGAAAGGGCUAAACAAGAACGACAGCAAAAAAUUGUUCAAGCGGAAGGAGAAGCGGAAGCAGCGGAAAUGUUAGGCAAGGCUGUGUCGAUGAACCCAGGAUAUUUAAAGUUACGUAAAAUCAGAGCGGCCCAAAGCAUAUCUAGAAUGAUUGCACAGUCCCAUAACAAAGUGUUCUUAUCUGGCGACAGCCUUAUGUUAAAUCUUCAAGACCCUCAGUUUGACAGUUCUUCAGAAAAAUUGUCUAAAAAGAAGUAAUAAAGUUGUUUAUUCCGAAAAGACAUUUCAACAAUUCAAUAAUGAAAUAGACUUUAACAAGUGAAUAUCGAGAAUUACAAAUCGAAACAAUGAACUAAAGAAUUAUACUUUAUGCAACUCAAUGGCGACUAAUAAAAAUAAUUUUCCUCUUAACCUUGAAUCUGAGCGUCAGAACAAAUGAAUCGUUACAUAAUUUAUUAGCGAAGAAACCAUAAUGUUUAAUGCAACCAUAACCAUACUAAUGUUUUACAUACGUUAAAAAUUAUUACGUUCUUAAUUUGAAUGUGCAUAAGAUCAUACUUAAUACCUGUUUCGCAUUAAACCUCCAUUAGGAGUAAUAAUGGAAUUUUUGUGAAAUGUAGAUAAUGAAAAUUACUGGAUAAUUAUUGGUAUCUUAUUACCAGGUAAGUUGUUGGUUAUUUUAUUACAAUACCAUGUUUGAAGCAGUAAUUUCAUACCCAUACGGUAAAUAUACGUAUACAUUUAAAAACAAUAUAUUUUUUAUUAAAUUUCGUUUAGAUCUCUUUGUAGUAAUAGACCAUUUCCGAGCAGCCUCAGACCAUAUAAAAUAACCACUAAUCUUAAAAACACAUCUCUUACAUUUGACUUACUAAUAAAACUACAUAUUUCUGCAUUUUAACUACCUUUGGUACUACGUGCAAAGCGUUUCUGCCGACGAUUCGCUAAAAACAAUAUUAAAAAGGCAGGCACAGAACUUACCUAACGACAUCAACUUUUUUAAGGUCAUGAAUUAUAGGCAAAGGUCUGGCACAAAGACCAGACAUAAUAUUGUUUUAAUGUUACGCAAGUAUGGCCGUAUUGAGGUUCUUUAUGAAAUCUUUAAUCAAAUUUAUUUUGACUAAGUUUAAAAAUAUUUUUAGUUAUCAACCUUUUUCUAAACUUAUUUACACUGUAUGAAAAGAAAUAUUUGACACGAGAAACUAGCUGUAAAUCAACCACUACAUUCUUAAAAGGAAAAGUACCUUUCUCUUAAUUUUUAACGUGAAAAUGUAUUUAUUUUUAGCUUAAGAUAACAUUAUGUAAGUAGACGUAAUAUUUAUCGAUUAAACUAGUUUGAAAGUAUUUUAAA